AUGAACCAAGGUUACGGCUACAACGACAAAAGCGGGCGCGGCUACGGCCAGGGCUACGGCCAGGGCUACAGCCAGGGCUACGACCAGAACACCUACCCAGACGCCCAUGGCCGUGGGGGUUAUGGUCAGUCAGGAUAUGGUCGUGGCGGCUACGGCGGCGGCUACGGCGGCGGCUACGGCGGCGGCGGCUACUACAGCGGGCAACAGCAGCCUAUCUACCACCAACAACCCCCCAGAAACGAUGGUGACACAUGUUGUAAGAUGUGUUGCAGCGUGCUACUCUGCUGUACUCUCUACAGAGUCUUCUGCGGGUAG